AUGUCCCGUCGCGUUGAGUUCGAUUUGAACGUAGAGGAACACGUUGAGCGUCGACGCAACAACACCUUCUCCGGUAAAUUUUUCGCAAAUGUUUUUUUAAUGUUCACGUUAAAUUGUUUGUGACAGGACAGUUUCACAGCAAGUGUUAAAAUAAUCUACAAAAAUGUGAGCAAACCAGUAUUCUGUUAUCAUGUUUCAGCCGAUGAAGAUGGAGUUCCGAAUGAGGUUGCCGACUACUUGAUGUACUUCUCGAGAAUGAUCGACGAGCAGAACGUUCCGGAAAUUCUGACUCUCUAUGAUCAGGCUUUCCCAGAUCUUACCGAGAGGUAAUUUUGAAUUAAAAAUGAGCGUAUUGUGAUAAUAUGGCACUGCAGAUUCUUCCGCGAACGCAUGUGGCCCGACGAACACAUCGUUGAGCGCAUCAUCGGCCCAGGCAACAAACUCUUCAUCAUUCUCUACAAGGAGCUCUACUACCGUCAGUUGUACGCUCGCAACUCCCGUGGACCUCAACUCGUUCAUCGCUACGAGUCGUUCAUGAACUACCAGGAGCUGUUCUCUGAGCUGCUCUCUAGCAAGGAUCCUAUCCCGCUUUCCCUCCCGAACGUGUGGCUCUGGGAUAUCAUUGACGAGUUCGUCUAUCAAUUUCAAGCAUUCUGCCUUUACAAAGCCAAUCCAGGAAAAAGAAACGCAGACGACGUUGACGAUCUGAUUAACAUCGAAGAGAAUCAGAACGCGUGGAACAUCUAUCCAGUUCUCAACAUCUUGUAUUCGCUCCUGUCUAAAUCUCAGAUUGUCGAGCAGCUGAAAGCUUUGAAGGAGAAGAGAAACCCGGAUUCGGUCGCUGAUGAAUUCGGACAAUCAGAUCUUUACUUCAAGCUCGGCUACUUUGCUCUCAUUGGUCUUCUAAGAACUCACGUUCUACUCGGAGACUAUCACCAGGCUCUGAAAACUGUUCAGUUCGUAGACAUCGAUCCAAAGGGAAUAUACAACACUGUUCCGACGUGCCUUGUAACUCUUCACUACUUUGUCGGAUUUUCGCAUCUCAUGAUGAGAAACUACGGAGAAGCCACAAAGCUUUUCGUCAACUGCCUUCUUUACAUUCAAAGAACAAAAUCUGUGCAGAACCAACAACCGUCGAAGAAGAACUUUCAGUACGAUGUGGUAGGCCUAUUUUUGACCAGGGAAUGUUUAGAAUUUGAAGUUUUCUUCAGAUCGGAAAGACCUGGGAUCAACUCUUUCAUCUUCUCGCGAUCUGCCUGGCCGUCCAGCCACAGAGAAUCGACGAGAGCAUCGCUUCGCAACUUUCGGAACGAUGUGGAGAGCGAAUGAUGCACAUGGCGAAUGGAAACAUCGACGAGUUCAGAAACGCCUUCUCUACCGGGUAAUUAACCUCAAAUCUCAUUUAAAAAAAACGAAAUCUUGCUGUUUCAGAUGCCCGAAAUUCUUGUCGCCGACGACGGUCGUCUAUGAGGGAGUGAAUCAGUCGAAAGAACCACUUCUCCGUCAAAUGCAAUCGUUCUUGGAGGGAAUCGAAUCUCAAAUGGCGCUUCCAGUGCUCCGAGGAUAUCUCAAGCUGUAUAAGACGCUUCCAACAAAGAAAUUGGCUUCUUUCAUGGACGUCGACGACGCAAAUUACGAUUCUUUCCUCGGAAAACUCUUGACCUACAAGGUACCUUUAAAAACCUGGAAUGUUUUCAACAACUUCUCCUUUCAGAUGAUUGUGAACGAGCUUGGAAAGGAAAGCGGGCCAUCGACGAACGAUGAAGAGGAGCCGCAAACCGACAUCGACUUUUACGUUGACCGUGAUAUGAUCAACAUUGCCGACACGAAAGUGGCCAGACACGUCAGCGAACACUUCCUCAGACACAUUCAAAAGUUACAAGAAGUGCAGGACAUUCUGCAGAGACUCGAAGUGAAAGCCUAA